UAGAUUGAUUCUGCCGUGCAUCCAGAUACCUGUUUAGCGGACAACCCUUGUCAAUCAUGAAGCAAGACUUAAAAACUCGCUUCAGCCUUCGAGCUUUCUUCGCCACACUUCUUCGUCCAUUCAUGUCAAAGUCUCCUACUGACGUUCCUGGACUUUUCAGUUCGGGGGAGAGUCGUAUUGAUGUGGCAGCAUGGCAGACACUCAUCAUGUCAAACCGUCUUUCCCUACAAUGUGGACUCAAACGUGUCGUGUAUUGCAAGUGCAACCAUAACAAACAACACGAGUUUUUACUCCUGCAUUUUCAUCAUUGGGAUUAUUCUGAGUCUGCAGUCGCUGCCGUGGUCAUCGAACGCAUUCCUAAGCAGGACCCCCGCAACAACUCCUCAUCAAGACUUAUUCACACCUCAAACCUUAUUUCUCCUUCAGCUUCUGAAACUGCUGCUGAAGAUAUUGUGCAUACUUCACGCCAGGGCUCCUCAUUUCCGCAGUACCUCGCGGACACCUAUGCACCAUUCACCAAACUUUGUACGCUUGACUUCUCCCCUCUUGCAUGUCCGUCAGCGGCACAAGUCUCGAUCCUCUUGUCUGUUGUGAACCAACACGCUCCAUACUACGACCUAUACGAGAACCAGUGCUACUGGUCCUCAUUCACUGUAUGGGAGACUUUGAAACAGCUCUUCCCUAAUUGCAUCGAAACACGUAGCGCUCUCGUUGACCAGCGCUCGCACUACCAUGGGUUCGCUAUCCGGAUAGCUGAUAGUGUGGAGGUUGUGUGCAGAGAUUAUGAUGCGAGAUGGAGAGAUAUAGAGAAUGAAGAGGAACUGAAGAGAAAAGCUGAUGAAGCUAAUAAGCAACAGGGUCUCGCACAAGGUCUCGCAGGACAAGACCAAAUCAAGGCAGAAUUGGAGGCAGAGCGAGUCCGAUUUGAGGCAGAACGAGUCCGAGUUCAGGCAGAACAAGAGGCUGAACGGGUCCGAGCCGAGGCUGAACAUAUUCGAAUGCAAACAGAAUUUACUGAAUUGCGAGCUAUGCUAGCAGCGCUCAGCGAAAGUACUAGAUAGAUGUACGUCAGU